AUGGGGCGCGAUUCGUGUAAUGCAAAGCAAAAACUGAGAAAAGGUUUAUGGUCACCCGAAGAAGAUGAAAAACUCGCUGACUACGUUACAAACUAUGGUGUCGGUUGCUGGAGCUCUGUGCCUAAAUUGGCAGGUCUGCAAAGAUGUGGGAAAAGUUGCAGGUUAAGAUGGAUUAAUUACUUGAGGCCUGAUUUAAAAAGAGGAAUGUUUUCACAAGAUGAGGAGGAUUUGAUCAUUGCUUUACAUGAAACUCUUGGCAAUAGGUGGGCUCAAAUUGCAACACAUCUGCCCGGGAGAACUGAUAACGAGAUCAAGAACUUUUGGAACUCGGCCCUCAAGAAGAAACUAACAAAGCUAGGCAUUGAUCCAAACACUCACAAGCCCAUAACUCGAAUUCUUCAAGUGAAAAGCAAAAAGCUUCAUCAUAAUAUGGACUCAUCUUCACCUAACAAUCACAUUGUGCAGCCAAAAGUGCUUCCAAGCUUCACAAGUUCGACCCGAGUGGUGCAAACAGGGGAAAUUCAAUCCUCAAGAAAUGAACUAUUCUCGUCCUGUUUUCAAGAAAAUGAGUACAAUUUGAAUUUUGUGUCUCAUUACCAGCAAAAUGGGAUAGGGCCUUUUGAAAAUAAUAAUGAGGACUUCAACUCAAUGCCUAAUUUGAUGAAUUUUGACUUUCAAAGCCUUGUCGAAGCUGAUUAUUUAGAUGGUUGUUCGAGAAUGGGUGAUUACAGCUUGAUGAGUGACGUUAAAGGGAGCAAAAGAAACGGGUCGAAAGCGAAUAACCAGAUGAAGAAUGAUGAGAUUGAAAAUGUGAGUACAUUUUCUUGGCAAGGUGAAGAUAAGUUGGAAGCAGUUUUCCAGUUAAAAUUCUGUGGGGUUCAAACUGAAGAAAAGAUAAUGAGUCCCUGGGAAGGAGGGCAUAGCCAGCCGGUGCAUGAUCAGGGAGAUUCUAGUAAUUUUGCAUUGGCAUCAAUUUCUCAGGAACUGGGUUCUGCAAACAUGGAUGCCUUUAAGCAAAUAUAG